UGCAACGGCAACAGGGGGCAAUUGGUCCGUUGGUAAGGUGUCGUUAUCUCCCGUCCACUGCCGCCGGCGUGCCUCGGAGACUCAACACGUCGCCAGACUAGACGCGCCAUGGCCAAGAACAGCUAUGUGGUUUAUGUCCUAGUGCUGCUCGUCGCGGGCUACACGGCGGCGCUAGCCUCGGCCACGACGACGACGUUCAUCGUCGGUGACGACCAGGGCUGGAUGACCGGCGUGGACUACGUCGCUUGGGUGAAAGGAAAGACAUUCGCGAUCGGAGACAAGCUAGUGUUUAACUACCCGAGCGAGGAGCACACGGUGACGGAGGUGAGCAGGACCGACUACUUCGCCUGCGCCGGAGGCAACGCGCUGAGCAACGACCGCAGCGGAUCGACCAACAUCACGCUCACGGGGCCCGGCACGCGCUACUUCCUCUGCAACAUCCCAGGCCACUGCACCAUCGGCAUGAGGCUCGCCGUCACGGUCGCCGGGGGCGGAUCGCCUCCGGGCGCCACGCCGGCCGGUGGCGCGGCGGGCGCCACGGCUCGGCCGGCGAUGGGAUCCUUCAUCGUCAAGACGACCGCGUGGCUGGCUGUGAUCAAGCUCACGCUGUCCUGAUGAGGUGAUGACGCCGUGACUGAUUCACACCCGUCUCUCACGGUUCAUGGUUAUUGUACUCCGCAAAAUUGGCCAGAUUUUGAUACGUUUACCGGAGAUUGUUUGUCCUUGCAGAGGAUCCCUUUACUCGUCACUGCUCUUUACAUCUCUUUGGUUCGUCUGUGAUUUGCGAAUAUAUUUCACGGUACUUUGUUGA